UCUCCGCCAUGCCUUGCGUCCCAGCCCCGCCCCGUGCUCCCGUCUCCCGCUUGCCUCCUCCCCUCCAUAGGGCUCCUGGUUCUUCUUCCCGGGGACCGCGCCUUAUCUAUUCAGCGGAAGGGUGGUCGGGACCAAAACCUGGAGGGGGGUGUUCCACAGACUAGCUCUCCCAAUAUCCACACACACGCAGCUGUCAUAGGAAAGGAGCGCUAGGAUGGCAGCGGGGAGAGCCGCCUCUUACUCGUCUCCAUCCUCCAGCUUCAACGCUGGCUAUGGGAACAGCCACAGCGGGGCGGCGGCCAGCGAGGAUGAGGAUGGGCAGAACCUCUGGUCCUCCAUAUUGAGUGAAGUUUCUACUCGGUCUCGCUCUAAGUUACCCUCUGGAAAGAACGUGCUGGUGCUUGGUGAGGAUGGAGCUGGCAAGACAAGUUUAAUAGGAAAGUUGCAGGGAAUAGAAGAGUACAAGAAAGGAAGAGGAAUGGAGUAUCUUUAUAUUAACGUCCAUGAUGAAGACAGAGAUGAUCAAACCAGAUGUAAUGUGUGGAUUUUGGAUGGUGAUCUUUAUCACAAAGGCCUGCUAAAGUUUGCCAUGGACGCCGGCAGUGUUAGGGACUCAUUAGUUAUGUUGGUGGUAGAUAUGUCGCGGCCUUGGUUGGCCUUAGAUUCACUUCAGAAGUGGGCCAGUGUUGUCCGUGAACACAUGGAUAAACUAAAAAUCCCACCUGAAGAAAUGAGGGAGAUGGAAGAGAAAAUGGUUAGAAAUUUCCAAGAAUAUGUAGAGCCUGGAGAGGAAUUCCCUGCCUCACCGCAGAGGAGGGCUACAUCCACACAAGAGGAUCGGGAUGACAGUGUGAUUUUGCCCUUGGGAGAAGACACCCUAACGCAUAACCUUGGCAUUCCUGUAGUAGUAGUUUGCACAAAGUGUGAUGCCAUCAGUAUUUUGGAAAAAGAACAUGAUUAUACAGACGAGCACUUUGACUUUAUUCAGUCCCAUAUCAGAAAGUUUUGUUUACAGUAUGGUGCCGCACUAAUUUACACAUCAAUCAAAGAGGGCAAAAAUAUUGACAUUGUAUAUAAGUAUAUUGUUCAACACUUGUAUGGAUUUCCCUUCAAUAUGCCCGCUGUGGUUGUGGAAAAGGAUGCAGUAUUUAUUCCUGCAGGUUGGGAUAAUGAGAAGAAAAUAGGAAUUUUACAUGAAAACUUUCAAACACUAAAACUGGAGGAUGCUUUUGAAGAUAUAGUCACUAAACCACCUGUCCGAAAGUUCGUGCAUGAGAAAGAGAUUUUAGCAGAAGAUGAUCAGGUAUUUCUUAUGAAGCAGCAGUCACAGUUGUCAAAACAACCACCAUCUUCCGCAGGACGACCAGUUGAUGCUUCUCCAAGAGUUCCUGGUGGGUCUCCUCGGACACCCAGCAGAUCAGGAUCAUCUAAUGUUACCAGUGUGUCGCCUGUCCCUGCUGGCACAAAGAAAAUUGAUCCCAACAUGAAAGCUGGAACAACUAGUGAAGGAGUGCUUGCCAAUUUCUUUAACAGCUUACUAAGCAAGAAAACUGGUUCCCCUGGGCCUGGGGGUACAGGCAACCCUGCAGUCAAUUCUGGAGGCAACAGUCUGCCAACAUCUGCCAAAAAAACAGGCCAAAAGCCGGUGUUAACAGACGUCCAAGCUGAACUGGAUAGAAUCUCUCGUAAGCCUGAUAUGGUCUCCCCCACAUCACCUACAUCCCCUACAGAAAAUGAUGCAUCUUGAAGGCUGCAGUUUCUUCUUUGGAGUUUGGUGUAAAGCGGCCUCUGCCUUUUCCUUCCUCAGUAAUUGUGGAACCGCGGAGACAAACACUUUUUUUUUUUUUGUUCCUUAAAGUGAAGACACAAUGUUUUGAUAUGUUUAUCCCAAUUUACAAAGAUACCUUCGGGAUAAUAAAUAUUACUGGACUGCUGUUUUUUUAUGGCACAGAUCUACAUUUUUUUUUACAUAUAUAAUUAUUGUUUUCUUUUGUUUAAGCCACUGUUUGGUAAAGAAUUCAGUUACUUUCAAUGAAUUAUCUAAAGA